AUGGAUCAGACUCGUCCACGACGCAGAAGAUCGUGCAAGAAGGCUAAGCUACCGGGGGAAGAUGUUGAAACUACAGCGCCUCUACCGGGAGCUGUAAGCCCGUACUACCCCUACGCUUAUGUCGAGGAUAUCGAGAGAGAUGAGGAGUCGAAGCGUCUUGAGGCGCAGGAUGAGGGCCUGGAUUAUUCUGCUUAUUCCUUUCAUGCAUGUCCACAAGUGAUCGACUACUUAGCCAAGAAGGGCUACCACAGAACCGAAGCCACUCUUAGGGCAGAGUCGGCAAAUCAAGAAAUCCCCAAAGAUGCAGAGCUGAAGCCAACGCCUUCUGGGCCUCCUCGCUAUUAUGAGAUGUUUGUGCGAUUACAAGCAUGGACUGAUGACGCUCUGGAUAUCUACAAACCAGAAGUCAAGCGCCUACUCUGGCCUAUCUUCGUCUACUCAUACCUUGACCUAGUCAAACAAUUCUACCCGAAGGAAGCCAAUCGGCUGUUUCAGAAGUUCCACGAGGAUUUCAAGAAGGAGCAUGAAUACGAUCUCCGAGGGCUUGAGCACAUCACGCUACCAGAACAUGGCGAAGACAAGAUUGCAAAGAUUUACCGCGACAACAAAUACCGUUUAUCCCUCAGCAACCCUGCAUACGUCUACUUCAUGCAAUUUCUCGAGACUCUCCCGCAAGCCGGCUACAAGCUCUUCAUGACAAUUGUAGAAAACAACCUGGACCUACGACAAGUCGAGCGCGCGGCGGACGAUCGCUUCAGUUUCGCGUCUGUGAUCCAACGAGGGAUCGACGGCCAAGAUAUGCCCGCCGAGGACGAAGGUAUUCCAGGCCACAAACCCGGGAACGCCGUCUCUUCCACAGACCCGAAUGUCGGAAACAAUCUGGCGACGCUCAAACUUGGCAAAUUGCCCAUGGAAAAAGACGCCGAAGGAGACGUUCGCGCCGAACUCGAGGAGCUCGAUCAGAAGAUACCCCCUCAUCCAGGCCAGCCUACACUGGUUCAAACUCAUGAGUUGGUCAACAUUAAGCAAGAAGACGAAGACGAGGGGCCCAACCGAACCGAGAUUCCAUUUCCAGUAUCUACUGCGCGAGACGUGGCCAUGGAGGUACAAAAGAUUCGCGAAAACCGCGACCGGCUCAGGAUCGAGACUCGGACUGGUGGCAUCGGGCCAGGACUGAGCGUGGUAAUGUACACGUUUCACAAUACUCACGACUCGAUCUGUUGCAUGGACUUUAGUGGUGAUCAGAGACUGGUUGCUGCGGGCUUCGCAGAGUCGUACAUACGCGUCUGGACGAUGGAUGGGUCCGCGCUUGGUCCCCCAGCACCGAAUGGCCAACAACAAAACUCCCAACGCCUCAUCGGCCACGCUGGACCUGUGUAUAGCGUCGCCUUUGCUCCCUCAACCGACAAGCCUACCACAGAUUCUCCAGACACCGAUUCCAAAUGGCUACUCUCGUGCUCCGCGGACAGCACGAUCCGCCUUUGGAACCUCGACGUCUUUCAGUGCAUCGUCGUCUACAAAGGCCACGUUGGGCCGGUCUGGUCAGUUGUCUGGGGACCCUUUGGCCAUUAUUUCGCAUCCUGCGGCCAUGACAAGACAGCAAGAAUUUGGUUGACCGACCGCAUUCGCCAAGUGCGUCUUUUGGCGGGCCACGAUGACGACGUCGACGUGGUAGCCUGGCAUCCCAAUUCGAGCUAUGUGUUUACGGCGAGCUCAGAUAAGACGGUCAGAAUGUGGAGCUUGAAUAACGGGAAUGCCGUGAGGAUGUUCACCGGCCACACGUCGUCUAUCACGGCACUAUCCUGUUCUCGGAAUGGUAAGAUCCUCGCAUCAGCCGACGACACCGGAGUCAUACUGCUCUGGGAUCUAGGGCCUGGAAGAUUGCUUAAGAAAAUGCGGGGCCACGGCAAAGGUGGGAUCUGGAGUCUCAGUUGGUCAGCUGAAUCAACGGUUCUAGUGAGUGGCGGCGCAGACUGCACUGUGCGGGCAUGGGACGUUACGGGACCGGCAAAGGAAGCUGCAGCAACCACCACCAGUACUAUCGGUGGAGGGGCGACCACCAAUAAAGCUGGUGAUGGCGCAGCAGCUGCGCAGGCCGGAGGUGGUGUGAUGCAGGAUGGAGCUCCCAAAUCCGCCGGCGGUGGCACCAGUGCUCCGACGUCGAAUCUCAACCUCACGUCGGGCACGUCGAUGGGCGCGGCGGGCGUGGGUGCCAGCGUGGGCGGCACGGGCGUCAGUGGUGUGGGCGGCGUCGCUGGGAUCCAGAGUGGUGGCAAGAGACGUGGUAAGGACGCGGUUGUGACCAGCGACCAGAUCAGCGCGUUCCUCACCAAGCAGAGCCCCGUCUACAGCGUCAAGUUCACCAACAUGAAUCUCGUCCUUGCUGGGGGUGCAUACCUGCCGGAACAGGCCAAGUGA